UCCAGGCCACCGGAGGUUUCCCGAGUCCCUGGAAGAGGGCAUCGGCGCCGAUCCCCGGCGGAUUUCAGAAUGGUUGGCAAGGAGUCUCCUGGCAGCUACCUGAAGGCAACCCAAACACAACAAGAUUUCACCUGGAUUGUAAAAGCUAACGACCGGGUUUAUCACGACCAAUUCCGGAAGACGUAUGCCUGUUGCCUGAAAAAGAAAAAAUAUGCGGGCAAUGCAAUCAAGACAGCCAAGUACAACGUUCUUACUUUCCUCCCUCUCAACCUGUACGAGCAAUUUCACCGGAUGGUAAAUCUCUAUUUUUUGCACAUCAUUUUGUUACAGACUAUCCCAGAGAUUUCCACUCUGCCAUGGUUCGCCCUCCUAUUGCCCAUCAGCAUCCUCCUUGGCAUUCGAGGCAUUCGGGACUUGACCGAUGACAUUGCACGGCACCGGAGUGAUGGGGAAAUCAACAGUCGGUCCUGUGAGAUUUUGACUGGGGGGAGUUUUUGCAAGAAGCAAUGGCGGGACAUAUGUGUGGGUGAUAUUGUUUGCCUCCGCAAGAACAGCUUCGUGCCAGCUGACCUCCUCUUGCUGUCCAGCUCAGAACCCAGCAGCCUCUGCUACGUGGAAACAAUGGACAUAGACGGAGAGACAAAUCUAAAGUAUAGACAAGCUCUCCUGGUAACCCAUCAAGAGUUAGCCAGUGUGGAGAACAUGGCAGCCUUCGACGGAAAAGUGACCUGUGAAGAGCCAAACAGCAGACUGCACAAUUUCAUUGGCACCCUGGAAUGGCGUGGUGAGACAUUCCCUCUGGACAGCGACCAAAUCCUGUUGCGUGGCUGCAGAAUCCGCAAUACAGAGAUAUGUUACGGCCUUGUCAUCUACGCAGGUUUUGAUUCUAAAAUAAUGAAAAACUGCGGCAAGAUCAAACUGAAGAAGACUAAACUGAAUCAACUAAUGGAUCGAAUCGUGCUGCUGAUCUGCCUGGCACUCUUACUGACUUCGUUUGGCCUCGCGGUGGGCUCAGGGAUCUGGGCGGACAAGUUCCGGCAAGAGCACAGCUAUCUCUCUGUUUUCUACACGGACGCCAGCCCAGCCAAGCACGCCUUCUUUGCCUUCUGGGGCUUCAUCAUCCUGCUCAGUUUUGUGCUGCCGAUGGCCAUGCUCAUCACGUUUGAGUUCAUCUAUCUGGUCAACAGCUGUUUCAUUAACUGGGAUUUGGAAAUGUAUUAUGCACCUAAAGAUACCCCAGCCAAGGCCAGAAGCACUAGUCUGAAUGACCAGUUGGGUCAGAUAGAAUACAUCUUCUCUGACAAAACAGGCACCUUGACACAAAACAUCAUGACUUUCAAGAAAUGUUGCAUCGAUGGAACCAUAUAUGGAUCAAACAGGAGUACCAAAGACAAUUCAAUGGAAGCCAAUUUAAGUUGGAAUAAAUAUUGGGACAUGAAGCUGGACUUUUAUGACCCUCUGCUGAUGAAUGCCAUCCAACAGGACAACCAUCCCAUCAUGAGGGAAUUCAUGCGUUUGCUUGCCCUGUGCCACACCGUCAUGGUUGAGGAGAAAGAAAGCCAGCUGAUUUACCAGGCAGCUUCACCGGAUGAAGAAGCUCUCGUGACGGCAGCCAGGAACCUGGGAUAUGUCUUUCUUUCACGGACGCAGGAUACCAUCACCAUCAGUGAGCUGGGCAAUGAGAGGACCUACAAAAUGUUAGCACUGCUGGAUUUCAAUAGUAUACGCAAACGGAUGUCUGUUCUGGUCCGAGAUCCCGAAGGACGUAUCAAGCUCUACACCAAAGGAGCAGACACAGUGAUCCUGGAGAGACUUCACAGCGAUCGGUCUUCUGAGGCCUACACAGUCAAGGCGUUGAAUAGCUUUGCAGAGGAGACCCUCCGGACUUUGUGCCUGGCUACCAAAGAGGUGGAGGAGAACGAAUAUGCCCAGUGGAGCAAGAAGCACCACGCCGCCAGCAUCUUGCUGCAGGACCGUGCCCAAGAAUUAGACAAGGUCUAUGAAGAGAUAGAGAAGGAUCUCCAGCUUCUGGGAGCCACAGCCAUAGAAGACAAACUCCAAGAGGGAGUCCCAGAGACCAUCCACCUACUGAAAAGGGGCGGCAUGAAGGUGUGGGUCUUGACUGGAGACAAGCAAGAGACGGCCGUGAAUAUUGGCUUUGCAAGCCAGCUCCUGUCGGACGACAUGACCAUCCUUGGGGAGAGCGAGAUCUGUGAAAUCCUCAAAUCUUCCUGCAAUAGCCAUAACAACUUGGCUGGCAGCGGAGAAGCCUUGUGCGGCCCAGACUCACCCCAGCUUUUCGAGGAAUCUUUCACGCGUGACAAGACAGCUUUGGUGAUCACUGGCGACUUCUUAGACAAAAUCCUUCAUGCUGCCGGGGAAGAGCAGGAGAAGAGGAAGCGAAGCAUUUGGGAGCAGUUUCGUUGCCACCGAGCAAAGCCCGAGGAAGACUACAAGGACUCAAUGGAAGUGGCCUUCGUGGAGCUGGCCACAGCAUGCCAAGCAGUUAUCUGCUGCCGAGUGACUCCCAAGCAGAAGGCACUCGUUGUCCAGAUGGUCAAGAGGCACAAGAACGCCAUUGCUUUGGCCAUUGGAGAUGGGGCCAACGAUGUCAACAUGAUCAAAACUGCUGACAUUGGGGUGGGGAUCAGUGGGCAAGAAGGGAUGCAGGCGGUGCAGUGCAGCGACUACGCCUUGGCACAGUUCUGCUACCUGCAGCGGCUCCUCUUUGUCCAUGGCCGAUGGUCCUAUCUACGGAUUUGCAAGUUCCUCCGGUAUUUCUUCUACAAGACUUGUGCAGGCAUGAUGGUGCAGAUCUGGUUCGCCUUCUACACUGGCUUCACGGCCCAGCCUCUGUUGGAGGGCUGGUUCCUCGCUCUUUAUAACGUCUUCUACACUUCUUAUCCAGUGUUGUGCAUGGGGAUGUUUGAACAGGACGUGAGUGACCAGAAAAGCUUGAAGUUCCCUGAGCUCUACAAGGCAGGCCAGAACAACUUGCUCUUCAACUUCCGGAUCUUCUGCCUUUCCUUCGUCCAGGGUUCUUUUGUCUCUCUGGCCAGCUUCUACAUUGCACUCUGGGCCUGUGAGGACAAAAUGGGAGCCAAGAUCGUUGGGGAUUAUCAGUCCUUUGCCAUGAUAAUAGCAACCUCUGCAAUAUUGACUGUCACAAUUGAGAUCGUUCUUGAUGUCAAAUUCUGGACUAUCUUCUCUGUGCUGGCCAUCUUCCUCAGCUUGGGGCUCUACUGCCUUUUUUCCUACCUCACUCAGAGUUUCCAGGCUUACGAGACGGCCCCCACCGUGUUCCAGUUCCCUGAUGCCUCCAAGAAUGCACUGACAGACCCAGCCUCACUGCUUGUUAUCUUGCUGUCCGUCACAGUGAACACCAUCCCCUCCCUCACUAUCCGCUUUGUGCGCAUCAUCUCCAGCCCCAGAACCAUGUCGGAGAUGGCUCGAGCCAGGGACUUGGAGACGAAACCAAGCACGGUGGAGCUGACCUCUCACAUCCGGAGGAAUUCCCACUGGAGGCGCUCAAGCUACGCCUUCUCGCACAAGGAAGGUUACGCGGAUCUCAUCUCCCGGGGAGCCAGCUUGCGGGUCAAGGGCCCCCGAGUCCGCAGCGAACUCAGCGGCUUUCACCACACCACGCUGCCUGGCAAAGAAGACUCCACGCCCACCAUUGACGUUGCCUCCAAUCAUGACGUUUCCGCACAGCAGAGGUUUCUGCCCUGUUGACCCAGUGAAGGAUGGAGGCCACAACUAUGCUUAUUUAAAUCCAAAGUGAACAGGCCUAGAUUUUCAGUCACGGGGCUCAAUAUUGCACAUCCCUUCUGCUCCGGAAGAGGAUUCUGAGCACACACAGUUGAGCCGUAAGAUGCUGGCUUCAAGUCCUGGUAGACCUGACUUUAUUGUUCUGCAGUCCUUUUCUGGCCUGGUGCCUGCAUAUUAAUGCCUGGUCCUUGCCUGGAACUCAGGAGAAAACAUAGACACAGCUUGGCACCCUAACAAGUGUGAAAAUCACCCUGCUAGGGGGAAGCAAAUAUGAGCCAAGCUACAAGUGAUGAAUUUUGCUUGAACGGCAAGUGAACAGAGGGCCAAGCUACA